UGGGGAUAUUUAUCUAGUGACUUUUAAUUGGGUUGGUACCGUUGCCAUCAGCUGUUUUCUUGCAAGUGUCUUUGGUAAAAAAAGUGUCGCCGAGUAUUCUAAAUAAAAUGCGGAGAAAAUUGUGCCGGAAAACCACGCCGAUGUAACAAAAAUAGAGUAAAGAAGUAUAAAAAGUGAUUUAAAGUAAUUUUUUAAAAAUGGAACUCUCGCAUAGUUUAACAUUAAAUGAGGAGGCUUUGGCCCAAAUUCCACCUGCAAAAAGACCUGUGUUUAUAUUCGAAUGGCUACGAUUUUUAGAUAAAGUUCUUGUUGCUGCCCAAAAGAAUGAUAUAAAAGGGUGUCAAAAAAAAUUGGUGGAGCAAUUAAUGAAUCAUCUCCAAGAAUCUCCUGGUCCACCAACUCGUAAAUUAAUAGCAAGAAGUCUUGCUACAUUAUUCUCAGUAGGAGAUACAUUUUUAUUAUUCGAUACGGUUAAUAAGUGUAAUGAUAUUUUAAAAAAUAAGGAUGAUUCUCCAAGUUUCUUGCCAACAAAAUUAGCUGCAAUAUGUUGUGUGGGAACGAUGUACGAGAAAUUGGGUCGAAUGAUGGGACGCUCGUACGAAGAAACGGUUCAAAUUUUAAUAAGAUCAUUAAAAAGUGCCGAAUCACAAACGCGAAUUGAAAUCAUGUUAACUUUGGAAAAAGUUUGCGCUGGAAUGGGGUCGGCUAUAUCAAACUCGCAUAAAGAAAUUUAUAAAGCGGCGAGAACUUGUCUGAUCGAUAGAGUUAUGGCUGUGCGUUGCGCCGCGACGAGAUGUCUUCUCGAAAUGUUAAAUCACGCCCCGUUUCUUUACACCACCGAACUAGAAAGUUUAGCAACGCUUUGUUUUCGAUCAUUUGAUGGAUCUAAUUAUGAAGUUCGUUGCUCUGGAGCUAAACUUUUAGGCGCACUUAUCGCAAUGACACAACAAAAUCAAAAAGCGAACCAAACAUCUCAAUUACAAUUAAAAGGAUUGAAAUUAGUUUCAUUGGAGGAAGCCUUAGGUAUUUUAAUGUCCGGAUUCCUACGUGGCGGCGUUGGUUUUCUCAAAGGAACCGGCGAAAUAAUUAAAGGAAGUUCCGGCGUUAAUCGUGAAGUCCGAGUUGGAGUAACCCACGCUUACGUGACAUUCGUUGCGAUAUUAGGGAGCGUUUGGUUAGAACGCAACAUGAAAUCACUUUUAAACCACGUCCUGUAUCUAGUUGCUAACCCAAAAGUGGGGUCGUCUCACGUUGACGCCGUUUAUUCGCGGAAAUGUAUCAAUUUCAUACUGAGAAGUGUUUUGGGCAAGAUGUUGGGCGAGAAAGCGCAAACUUUAGCUUGUAAAGAGAUUGCCCAAAUUGUGGUCAAAGAAAUGACCACCAUCGAUUUUAACCCGGAAAAUGCUAAGGAUUUGAAUCAAGAAACUUUAUUUAGUCAACAUUUACUUGUUUGUGCUUUACAAGAAAUUGGGAGUUUAAUUUUGAGUUUAGGAACUACAGCUCAUGAUCUUAUUACUGAUCAAUCAUUAAAAUUAGUUGAUGGUGUCGUUGGGGUUUUAACCCAUCCAUGUCAAGCAGCGAGAUUAGCAGCUGCUUGGUGUUUACGAUGUAUCUGCGUAGCCGUUCCGAGUCAAAACACACCAUUAAUUGAUCGAUUUGUUAAUGGAAUUGAAGAUUUAAGAACUUCGCCCGAAGCAAUAGCAGGUUACAGCGGUGCUUUAGCAGCAGUUCUAGGUGGUAUUCGUUUAUCACCAUUAGGUGUUCCUCAUACAAAAGGAAAAGUAAUUUUUAAUACUGCCGAAGAACUUCUACGAAGCGCGAGUCAAAAUAGCCGAUUAUCGUUGAAUCGUACUCAAGCUGGGUGGCUUUUAAUUGGGGCGAUUAUGACACUGGGAGUUCCGGUUGUAAGAGGUUUAUUACCGCGAAUGUUAUUGCUAUGGCGAAAUUCAUUUCCGCGAUCCAACAAAGAGCUAGAUUCGGAAAAAGCACGCGGAGAUGCUUUUACUUGGCAAGUAACUUUAGAAGGACGAGCUGGAGCUUUGUCAGCUAUGCAUUCGUUUUUAUAUAAUUGCCCAGAAUUAGUUACUGAAGAUAUUAUUAGAAGAUUAUUGACUCCGAUUGAAUCAGCUUUAGCGAUGUUAACAAAUAUUUCAGUUGUUUUAAAAAAUUAUGGUCAACCGUUAAAAGCCCCAUCCGCUAUGGUUAGAUUAAGAUUAUACGAAACUUUAAUGUUACUUCCGCCGCAAUCAUUUGAAGGUUCUUACACUCAUUUAUUAAGAAUGUUGGUCGCUGAAUUUACUUUGACCGAAAAUCAAGCGAAUACAACGACUUCCCAAUUGAGGACGAUGUGCCAUGCUGAUGACUCAGUAAUUUUGGGAACUUGGUUGCAAGAAACUGAUCACAGGACGAUUGAGGAUCAGAUGGAACCUAAUAGAAGAGCUGACGGCGAACAUCUCCAACCAAAUAGCGCAGCCGGAUCUGGGGCUUUAGAACACGAUCCUUGUUGUCUUUAUCGAGUUUUACUACCCGGAGAAUUAUCCCCCGGUCCGCUUCCACUUGGCGUAGCUGUAAUCGACGCUUCCGUUUUACUAUUCGGUCAAAUCUUUCCAAGAGUUGCCAAUAAACACCGCCUGCAAAUGCUUGAUCAUUUCUCCGAAUGCAUAAAACACGCAAAAAGUUCGCGACAGGAAGCUGUCCAAAUGAACGUUUUCACCGCGUUGUUGAGUGGUUUAAAAGGCCUAACCGAGGCUAAAAUGAGUUUUGGUCAAGAAGAUGUGAAAAAAGCCGCCGCUAAUUUAAUAAUAGGCGCUUUAACGUCGAGCAAUCCAAUUUUACGUUGUGCAUCCGGUGAAGCGGUUGGAAGGAUGGCCCAAGUUGUUUCCGAUCCACGAUUUACAGCAGAACUUGCUCAAACAAGUUUCGAUCGGCUAAAAUCCGCCAGAGAUGUCGCUAGUAGAACCGGACAUUCUUUAGCUUUGGGUUGUUUACAUCGUUACGUCGGUGGAAUGGGUUCUAGUCAACAUUUAAAUACAAGCGUUUCGAUUUUAUUAGCUUUAGCUCAAGAUCAAACAUCUCCUGUCGUUCAAGUUUGGUCAUUACAUGCUUUGGCUUUAAUAGCAGACUCUGGAGGUCCUAUGUUUAGAGGAUAUGUUGAGCCGAGUUUAUCGUUAGCUUUAAAAUUGUUACUAAAUGUUCCUCAAUCCUAUAUUGAUGUUCAUCAAUGCAUAGGAAAAGUGUUGUCUGCUUUAAUAACUACAAUCGGACCGGAAUUACAAGGAAAUACUACAACGAUUUCUAUGGCUCGAUCUUCAUUCCUUUGUGCUUGCGCAAUCAUGCAAGAUCAUCAAGACGCUUUGGUACAAGCGGAGGCAACUGGGUGUUUACAACAAUUACAUUUAUUUGCUCCAAAACACGUUAAUUUAUCUUCAUUAGUUCCUAUGUUAUGUAGAACUUUGUCAAGUAAUCAUUUAUUGUUAAGAAAAGCGGCGAUUUCUUGUUUGAGGCAAUUAGCUCAACGAGAAGCUAAAGAAGUUUGUGAACAUGCAAUGACAUUAGCAAGUGAAAGUAGGGAUACGAAUACCGUUGAAGGUUUAUUGAUUACUGAAACCGGAUUACCUGGUGUUUUAUUUAGCAUGUUAGACACAGAAACCGAUGCAAGUUUAAUUAAAGAUAUUCACGAUACAUUAACAAGCAUGUUACAAAUGUUAGCGGCAGAUAAUUUAUCGCAAUGGUUGGAUUUAUGUAAAGAUGUUUUGACUGUUGCAACUGAUACGAAUAAUCCAGAAGAUCAAGUUAGCGUUGCCGUAGAUGUUGAAGAUGCAGAAGUUGAAAGUGAUGAUCAAGAAGAAUUCCAUGCCGAAGACGAAAGUUCACAUCCGGCGGUGCAACCGCGGUGGCCAACACGAGUUUUUGCUGCAGAAUGUGUGAGAAGAAUUAUAGUAGCUUGUGAAACAAAUAAAAAUGGUCAUUUUGAUCUUGCUCAAGCGAAAGAAUUACAAACAGCGAAAGGAAAGGGUGAUUAUUUAGUUUUACACCUUUCCGAUUUAAUACGAAUGGCAUUUAUCGCUGCAACGAGCGAUUCAGAUCCUUUAAGACUCGAAGGAUUAAAAACAUUACAAGAAGUCAUUGAAAAAUUCGCUAAAGUUCCCGAACCAGAAUUUCCGGGCCAUUUACUCCUCGAACAAUUUCAAGCGCAGGUUGGGGCCGCGUUACGUCCAGCUUUUUCACCCGAAACAUCAUCUCACGUUACAGCGGCCGCUUGUGAGGUUUGUUCAACAUGGAUUGGGUCAAGUGUGGCGAGAGAUUUAAAUGAUUUAAGACGCGUCCAUCAACUUUUAGUAUCAUCAUUAGCAAAGCUGUUAGUUAAGACAAAUACUAUGCAAUUAUAUAACGAAAGUUUAGCUACACUUGAAAAAUUAGCCAUAUUAAAAGCUUGGGCAGAAGUUUAUAUUGUAGCUAUGAACGAAAAUGGUUCUGAUCCAUCAUCAUUAGAUUUAGAUGUCCAUUCCUCGAGUACUUUUGAUGAUGAAUUUGGGGAUUUUGCAUAUCGUGGUGAAAGUUUAUUGACUCUAGUUCAACCUGAAUUGAUAAGUUUAGCUCAACAUUGGUUGGCGGCGUUAAGGGAUCACGCGUUACUUUCGUUACCAGCGGAAUUUGCCAGUCAAUUACCUCACGAUGGGGGAGCAUUUUAUACAAACGACACAAUGGAAUCAUCAAGACCACAUUACGUAUCAUCUUGGCCGCCAAUUUUACACGCUGCGGCUCUUUGGAUAAAUUCUGGGUUUAAAAAUGGAAGUUCCGAUAAUGAUAACGCAAAUAAUUUAAAUAAUAACCAAAAUUCAAGUGAGAAGUUUCAUUUACUUUUUGGAAUUUGUAUGGAAGCUUUGUGUAGUCCAAGAUCGACUGAGCCUUUGGAAAGUAUUGUAACUUGUUUGAGAGCUCUUUAUACUUUGUUAGAUUCUACGUGGGCAAGGGAAUUAUUAACGAUAAAUAAAUCGUUAGGGAUUGAAUUAUGUAAUGUUUUACAUAGAUUAAUUCUUACGAGAGAUAAUAAUACGGCUCAGUUGAUGUGUAUGAAAGUUUUGAAACAAAUUAUAAAAGCCGCUCAAGAACAUAUCGAUGGUAUUAAAAAGAAGAAACUUCGCGAAAUCGCUCCGGUUAAUCAAGAACCUAGCAGUACUUUAGAAAUUGAUUUAUUAGGUGAAGGAGGUGAUACGGGAGAAAUAACACCAGGAAAUUCCUUAGUUUUUGCUGUUUUAGAAGUUUGUCUUUGUUUAAUCGUUAGACAUAUUCCUACAUUAAGCCCGAUGCCAAAUUGUACAAUGAUGACAUCUCUUCGUAUUUCUCAAUCGCACGAAGAAUCGAGCAAAUUAGUUUCAACGUCCGUUGCAAGCAUGGAGUGCUUACAUAAAUUGUGUUCUCCAAAAGGUGCCAUAGCAAUACUACCCACCAUUUUAUACCUUACCACCGGAAUUAUUAAAGAAAUGGCCACUAAAGAUAUUAACGAACCCACAGUUCUCGCUUACAAUCCAGCCGUUCAAUCCGCGUUACAUUGUUUACAAGUUUUAUGUACCGAUCGUUAUUGUUGCGAUGAAUACGUCGGGGAAGAAUGGCAAAAACUGUUACAGAGCGCUUUAGCUAAAAUCAUCGAUUUAGCUAAAACUGGAAGUGACGAGAUGAAACUAGACGAAGUCACUAUGAUGUUUGCUAUAGCCGUUUUUGUUUUAAAUUCGCCAUCCAAAGUUGUUUCAGCACCAAACUUGCAAUAUCCUUGUAUUAAUCAUUUUCGACAAUGUUUACAAAGUUCUAAUUCAACGAUUCGUUUAAAAUGUGUUCAAACACUCCGAUCAAUUUUUUCGCAUAACGACAAAGGUAUAUCAACGGCUUACAUUCAAGCUUUAGUUCCCCGACUUGUCGAAUAUUUAUAUUCGGAUGCCGCAAGAACCAUAACGACAGACGGCGAACUGUCGGUUACUUUAGAAACAAUCGUUACCGUUGAAUCACUUAUUGGAUUGGCUGAACCGCAAAAUCGGGAUAUUUUACAAGGGAUACAAAUGUUAAUGUUGCUUAUUCCGAUUUUAAUAAACUUCCUUUUGGAAGGACAAGCGUUAAGAUCGGCUAGUAAACAUUCGAAAAUGCUACACGAAUCUAGUUUGCAAUGGUUGAUGAAAAUAGGACCAAAAUAUCCCCAAGAGUUCAAAAAAUUAAUGAACCAAUCAAGUGAGUUGAAGUUGAAAUUAGAAAACGCAAUUCGUUUCAGCCAACAACACACAAUGAAAAAGAAGCAAGAAACGAACUCUGCUCAACAGACUGUGAGUCAAGCUCCGACGAUUAAACUUAAAACUGAUUUUAGUAACUUCUCCUAAACGUACUUCCGUUAAUAAUUUUUUUAUUCUAAUUCGAAACGCAUUUAUUUUGUAUAUACCUAAAAUAUUUAAGUAUUAUAAGUUGAUAAGUUCGAAUAUAUUUUGUAUAGUUAAUACUUAAAUUCACACCUCUAUGCAGAGCAAUAAUUAAUAAUUCUUAAAUUUUUGCUUUAUUUUGUAUUUGGCAUGAUUAUUAAUAUUUGUCAUGUAGAUGAAUGUUUAGUAUUGAAUUAGUAUUGUGUAUAUAGUGGUAAAUGUAAUUUUUAGAAAUCAAUUAUUUCUCUGUACCUAAUUAAUAUUCAUAUUUUUUAUUUAUCAGAUAUAAGUUGUUUGUAAAUAAAAAAAUAGACGUUAUCCUGUAUUAUUAAUAACUCACAAUGAUGUGUUUUAAUUUACCUUUCUAUUCAAAAAGAAAGCUUAUAAAAAAUGAUUCAAACAGUUUAAGAAUAUUUAGAAGAUAAUACAUGUAAUAUAUCGAUAAAAAAAUAAAAUACGGUUUUAUUGUG